AUGGCAGACGACUCCUUUUCGACAGCUUUUUCUGGUAUAGAAGCAGCGGGUACAGCAGUCAACUGCUUGAGGCAAGCUUGGAGCAAGAAGACGGGCCUGGAACUCCCUCCGAUUGCGGCAUCAUACCAGAUCGAGUGGAACAAAGACUGCAUCUCUGAAUUGUUGCCGCAUGCCAGACUUCACGGGACGUGCUUGUUCAAGAACAUUGCCAUGUUCUACCGACCAGAGCUCACAGAGACAGUCCAGCAACUACUUCAACAACCACAUAUGGCAGUUGAAGUGUUAGCUCCUUUGAUAGCUUCCAAAAGAGCAAUGAGGCUUGAAGCAUUUUGCGAAACCCACGGCAAGCUCUGUAGUUUGCGCACUUGCAGGCGACACGUGGCUGGGACUUCAUGCAAGCCAUGGUCCAGGAAGGGUAGUGGCCUUGGUGCUUGCGAUCCGGAGAUCGUGUACACAUUAGCGUGGGUAGGCCUCCGCCUCAUGCUCGAAGAUGUUGAGAUCAUAAGCGAGAACGUCAAGACACCCGGAGGGGCAGGGUUGAGUUCCUUUGCAAGGGACGGUGGCCAGCCUUGCCCUAGCGCGGCAGUCACAGAUGCUGGAUUGGGCAACCUCCUGUUGCGUUUCCUCUCGCCGAUGUAUCAUCUCGAGACCACGAUCCUGGAUCCAUCAAUGCUCGGAGACCCCUUCUCUCGAGAAAGAGAGUUCGUGAAGAUGUACCAUAAAGUCAAAGUCCUCAGUCGGCUGAGCCCAAUCAGCAGGUUCCAGAAGCGGUUCUAUCGGAUUCGUGCUUGGAGCUGGAAAAGUGUCUACUUUAUGCACGAGCCCGUGAUGCGCUCGAAAGGCGUGUUGGGAGAUGACUGCCAGGCUGAGCUGGAUUGGGCACAGUGUCGUCCGACAUCUCGAUUCAAGGGAUUCAAGGGGCAAGGUGAGGAUCAUGAUCAUGCAGAUGAACAGCUUAAGCAGCAGCCCUUGGAUGUCACUUGCCCAUCCUCGUGGGAAAUGGCCCUCAAUGAGAUGGAAUACAGAUUCUUGCAACAGUAUCGGCGGGCGUGGCCUGACUCGGCUUAUCAGCUCAACCAAGAUCCCAUGUCGGGUCACGGCCACCCCGCCAACGAGCUGGUCUUCUUCACCUUGAUCGCGAAUUUUGGGCUCAUUUGGUCAGAUGUGGCCAGACGUUGGCUUAUGCCGACUGAAGCGCUGAUCUGCCAAAGGUUCCCGGUGCUCCCGUACAUCCAUGAUGGUGUCAGCUUGACAUCUUUCAACAGCAAGAACAAGAAUCGCAAUGCCCGGCAUGUCUGCAGCCAAGUUGGAAAUUCCAUGCACGUCGGUGUGAUGGCUUUACUCCAGCUGCACUCGUUCGCCGAUGUGGAGGUCAAGUCCGUGCCAUGCUUGUUUCGAAACAUCAAGCUUGCAAGGUCUGCGAUUCGUGAAAAGCUGAAGCGAAAGUGGCAAGAGUCUCAUCCCGCUGGUAUCGUGGAAGCGUCGACCAGUGUCGAGUGCUGCAGUGUUGGUCGCGAAUUGCGGCAGAGCCAUCCACGGAUCCCCGAGCUGGAGGUUCCGUUCAACAACGUGCGGAAGAUGGCAGUCACCGUGCACAAAUUGCCAGCCACGGCGGAGUUGGAGAGCUUGAAGCUCCCCGCGGACGCCACGCACGUUGCGCUGCUGAAGGGGGCGCCGGAGAGGCUUGCUGCAUGCCUAGGAUCGCUGCCGGUGCUGAGGGAUGGCGCGCUUCACAUCCCUGGGAGGCCCAUGGUGAGCUCGGACCAGGUGCUGCUACAGAGGCGUAAUGCCGAACUGGCUGGGGAGGCCCUGCGCAGCGUCCUCUUGGCCGCACGGCCGCUGACCGACGUGGACGUUGCAGCGUUGGAGAAGGCAGCAGGCGCCGACGACCGGCUGGAGGUGCUCCUACAGGAGAAGGCGAUGCUAUGCCCGAUCAGCCUUUGGGGCAUCUUCGACCCACCUCGCGCCUCCGUGCCCCCCAGCAUUGCCAAGUGCCAGCGCGCGGGGAUUCAGGUGGUGAUGAUCACCGGGGACCAGCGGGAGACUGCGGCGGCGAUUGGCAAGCAGAUUGGCAUCCUCGAAGAAGGCGAGGAGUCUCUGAAGUACACGGCCCUCUGCAGUCAGCUGCAUGAUGCAGGGGCCACGCGCAGGACUUGCUUUCGGGAGCGUCGGAUCUCUCGGCGAGCUUCCGAGAUUCUGGCCCAGGGCGAGGUCGCACCGACAGGUGCCCAAGCGCAGGCCGAGGCUGAGGCGUGGCUGCAUCCAACUGGCUCCCGGAGGCUCUCGAUUCAUGACUCCCGUGGGCUGCAGGACGGCCACGAGCCGAGCUUCUUGUCAGAGGAGGGCAUCUCAUCGCUGGUGAGAAGGACCCGCUGCUUUGCGAGGGCCUGCCCAUCGGACAAGGUGGCUAUAGUCGCAUCCCUGAUGUCCGAUGGCCAUAUUGUGGCGAUGACAGGGGACGGUGUCAACGACGCACCGGCCUUGAGGAACGCCGAUGUGGGUGUGGCCAUGGGCAUCACCGGGACGGCUGUCACCCAAAACGCAAGUGAUCUCGUGCUCAUGGACGACAACUUCUCCACCAUCGUCCUGGCCAUUGAAGAAGGCCGCCGAAUCUUCCUCAACGUGCAGAAGUACGUGACCGCCAACCUCAGCCUAAAGUUCGGGGAGAUGGUCAGCUUGAUGAUCUCCAUCGCCCUGGGCGUCGUGGUGCCACUGAAGCCCACUCUGCAGCUGCUCAAUCUCGCGGUGACACACGUGCUUUGCACUGUGUCCUAUGCUUUCGAGGAGGCGGAGGACUAUAUCAUGAAGGUUCCUCCUCGGGAUGCGAAGACGAGCAUGGUGCUCACACGGCCUCUCUUGCUUUUGAGAUGGCUGCCAUUUGUUCUCUAUUUCCCGGCAGUCGUGUAUGGCUCCCUUUGCUUCGGGACGUUGGGUCUCACAGGCACCGUCUGGAAUGAAGCACUGGUCGGGAGCACUGGCAUCCACGACCUGGAGCGAGGUCGUGCCAUUUGUGAACAUGCUGGCUGGGAGCUCGAAGGAGGCGACUACAAAAGAGACAGCCGGCCUUUCCACUGCCGCUGCCAGGUUAGCCAGGAGGGCAACCCUCUGCGGCCCUCUAAGAUGCUGGACCAAUGGGGCACCACUCAGGCAGUGAACCUUGGGAGUGGCUAUGAUCCCCUGGAGCAUGUGGACGCCUUCUCUCUUCGCCAGCCUGAUUGGAAUGGCUCGCCUAGCCAAGCUGUGCGGCACUGUCCGAGCCCGCAGAACGCGGAGCGCUGGUGCUGGCAGGACACUAUUCCCGAAUCGCGACGCCCGGUGCUUCCUGUGGGAGCGAGCUGUGCUGAGUAUGGUACCAAGGUCGGGCAGACAAUGGCUCUUGUUACCAUCAUGCUGGGCGAGCUUCUCACACUGAUGAGCUUCCGGACAGACGGCUUCUUUCUCUUCGCCCUCUUCCGAAACCCCUGGUACAAUGCCCUUUUCAUCCUGAAUGUCUCUGUGAUGCUCACGUUCGUGUACAGACCGGCGGUUUCGGAAGAGCUGGAGCUGGUGCCUCUCAGCACCGGGCAUUUGAGUGCUGCAUUGGGCUUCGCUGCGUCGCUCGUGGUCUUGAAUGAAGUUACCAAGUUCUUCUAUCGGCGGCACCUAGCGGCCGUGAACGAAGUGCUAGAGAAGGAGGCCCUGGCGAAAGCCAAGGGUUCGGCUGGGCAGGAGGAGGAGCUCAAAGGCGAUCCCGAACCUUGA